AAGUGCAAGUGCAGUUUCGAAUCGUUUUCUUAUCGCGUUGUCUUUUGUCGCUGAAUCGCUGCCGAAAGUCUUGUUUUUUGGUUUGUUGAUUGUGUAAUUUGAGUGUUAAACAAAAUCGAUAAAAUGCCGGCUGAUAUCUUGGGAUUUGCCUAUGCCGCGACGGUGGCUGCCGGUGGCAUUCUCGGCUACGUAAAAGCAGGUUCCGUCCCGUCGCUGGCUGCCGGUGUGACAUUCGGGGCCAUUUUGGGUGUGGGUGCAUUCCUGACUUCGCAGGAACCGCCCCGUCCGCUGCUGCAGGUUGGCACAUCGCUGGUGUUGGCCGGAAUGAUGGGAGCCAGGUGGGCACGGUCCGGAAAGUUCAUGCCACCGGGCAUUGUGUGCGUGUUGUCCUGUGCCAUCUUGGCUCGAGGUCUGCUGUAUCACAAUCGUUAUCUGCCGUUGAUCGGUAAGAGCGAUUAGAGGGAUAUAGGUGGAACGGGGUUCCAUGUUGAUACGACAUUAUUCUAAUGCAUUAUGGGUGAAGGUAUUCUAUAGUAAGGAAUAAGAUGAUACAAAUUUUAGAUUUAUAA